GACUUACCCUCGGUUGCGUAAUCUUUUAAUAAUGCCAACCAUGAAAUUCACAGCUAAUCAAGGUAAGAACGAGGUAUCCUCCUCGUCCAUUCGGCUUUUCAGCUUCUUCAUCCCAUAUUCCCAAUCCCCUCUCUCGACCACGAUCAAUUGUCCGUCCGUCCGUCCAUCUUCGCCUCUCUCACUCUGCAUCCAGGCACUGGACGGUGGACAAGAUCAUCAAAUAGCAGAGGUAUGAAAGUGUUUGACGCCCAUUGCCACUUGCAAGACCCUCGGAUCUUGUGUAUGGCACCAAAGUUAAUUGAGUCGGCCCGUCAGGCUGGUGUAAUUAAAUUUGCAGUUGAUGGGACGCAUGAGAAAGACUGGCAUCUGGUGAAGCAACUGAGCGAGGACUAUCCUUGUACCAUUCCAAACUUUGGACUUCAUCCGUGGUUUGUUGCCGAUAGAAGCCCUAACUGGUUUCAGAUAUUAAGGGAAUAUUUCGAGGCCACUCCCUGCGCUGCAGUGGGAGAGAUUGGUUUGGACAAAGGGUCUCACGAGAGGGAGAUCAAUUUCAACGAUCAGGUGGAAGUGUUCAAGAAACAGCUCGAACUCGCGAAAGAGUUGAAUAGACCAGCAUCGGUCCAUUGUGUCAGUGCAUUUGACGAUCUGCUUCAGAUAUUGAAAGAGGCAGGGCCUUUUCCUGCUGGUAUCAUCCUCCACUCUUAUAUGGGUUCCGCUGAAAUGGUUCCUCAAUUGGUCGAAGUGGGAGCUUAUUUUUCCUUCUCGGGACAUCUCAUGCCCAUGAAAGAGCAGACGGCGAAGAAGAUGUUGAAGGCAGUUCCCUUCGAAAGGAUUUUACUGGAAACAGAUGCGCCGGAUGCAUUGCCAAAGAAUCCUGCAUUUUUUAUCGAUGAUGAUGUUCAGUGUAGUGCAGGUCCAGCCGACGGAGGAUGCAUUGAAUAUACAUCGCCAACGGGAUCUCUGAAUCAUCCUGCAAACAUUCUCGUGGUGCUUAAUUAUGUCGCAUCCUUGCUAGACAUGCCUCCAGAAGAUCUUGCGGAGCUCAGCUGUAAGAAUGCGGUGCAUUUAUUCUCCUACGAAGGUACAAAGCUGCUCCUGGACAAUCAAUAGUUGGUUGCUGGGUAGAUGGCAAGUUAGCCACGACAAUUGCACUCGAGCGACUGCCGUUGGUCUAAAUUAUCCAACAUAACUACUGCAUUUGACGUGUGAAAUGUAUAUUGUAUUUGUUUGAUAACAAUAAUGAUGAACUCCAUGUAGGAGCGUGAUCCGACUGUUGCUUUACAUGUUCUUGUCUUGACCGGCACGCAAGCUAUCGUUCAUGCAUGCUUCUUCAUUAGAGGAAGCCUGUUUGCCAUUACUGCAUGGUGGGAAAGACAGGAUCAUGAUGCUUCGAACAACUUGUAAUAGCCUUGAAGAUGCAAUCAUGCGAAUUUGUUAGUGUUCUAAUAUGAUGACGUAUGAGAUGUUUUUCUA